AUGAGAGCGUGGGAUGCUUGCGGCUUAUCAGAUGUGCCACACAUAGAAAGUCUGCAAGAGAAGUCCCAGUGCGCCCUAGAAGAGUACUGCCGGAGUCAGUACCCUAACCAACCGACGAGGUUUGGCAAACUUCUCCUCAGACUACCCUCAUUAAGGACAGUCAGCUCACAAAGGUACCAGCGCGAAGCCCAGCCCGAGGACGUUGUCACGUCUUCGAGUGAGUUUCAUGAGAAUACGGAGACGAGUGACGAGUACUUCGGGUCAAGGACAAGCAGGGAGAGCGAGCGGCCUGACCCUUGCACCUUUGAUCCCAUAUCAGCUUUCUACGCUCCUAAGUCGAGCGAGGAAUUCGAAGCGAACUCCGAGACGCAGCAGAAGAAUGGGCAAAAGUCUCUCAUGAUAGACAAUUUGUUGAAUAUAAGACAGGAGUGUAGCAUACCGGAUAUGAAAUAA